AUGACUGCUUCUGAUAAGAAAUCUACUGCUGCUGCUCCUUCAGAGCCAGCUUACACCUCAGCUGCCAAUGACCUUCGGUCUGAUACUUUCACCACUCCAACUAAGGAAAUGUUGGAAGCUGCUUUCAAUGCUUCCAUCGGUGAUGCAGUCUAUAACGAAGACGUCGACACCAUUGAGCUAGAAACCGUCGUAGCUCGUUUAGCUGGUAAAGAAGCCGGGUUAUUCUGUGUCUCUGGUACUUUAUCGAACCAAAUUGGUUUGAGAACGCAUCUAUUCCAACCUCCAUACUCUAUCUUGUGUGAUUACAGAGCUCAUGUUUAUACUCAUGAAGCAGCUGGGUUGGCAAUCUUGUCUCAAGCGAUGGUCACUCCGGUGAUCCCAUCUAACGGUGAUUAUAUGACUUUGGAAGAUAUCAAGGCUCAUUACAUCCCGGACGACGGGGAUAUUCACGGUGCGCCAACAAGAGUGUUAUCGUUGGAAAACACUUUGCACGGUAUCGUUUACCCAUUGGAAGAAUUGAUCCGUAUCAAAGGGUGGUGUUUGGAAAACGAUAUCAAAUUACACUGUGACGGUGCUAGAAUUUGGAACGCAGUUGUCGAAUCCGGUGUCUCUUUGAAACAGUACGGUGAAAUUUUCGACUCUAUCUCCAUUUGUCUAUCUAAGUCCAUGGGUGCUCCAAUGGGGUCUGUUCUUGUUGGUAGCAACAAGUUUGUCAAGAAAUGUAACCAUUUCAGAAAACAACAAGGUGGUGGUGUUAGACAAUCAGGUAUUAUGUGCAGAAUGGCACUUUGCGCUGUGAACGGUGACUGGAAGACUAAGAUGGGAUACUCUCACCAGUUGGCCCACGAAUUGGCUAAAUUCUGUAAAGAUAACGGUAUUCCAUUGGAGUCUCCAGCUGACACCAACUUCGUCUUCUUGGACUUGCAAAAGGCAAAGAUGAACCCAGACGUUCUUGUCAAGAAAGGUUUGAAAUAUGGGGUCAAAUUGAUGGGUGGUAGAGUUUCUUUCCACUACCAAGUCACCAGAGAAACUUUGGAAAAUGUUAAGUCUGCUGUCUUGGAAACUUUCCAAUACGCAAAGGAAAACCCAUUCGACACUAACGGUCCAACAAAAAUCUACCGUAGUGAAUCUACUGAUUUUGAUAUCCAUGGUAACCCUAUCAGUGAUAUCAAGACUUACAAGUACUGA